AUGUCUCGACCCGAGUUGAUACCAGAUAUUUUAAUCCACCAUGCUGAAAAAUCUCGCGAAAAGGUCGCUUUCGCGGGUUCGGGGUGGACAAUAACGUAUGGCGACCUCGAAAAACGGACUAGGCGCCUAGCAGCCCAUCUGGUCCGUGCCGGCAUAGGGCGAGGACACUUCGUGGCCAUCGUGCUAGGCCGAUGUCUCCAGACCGUCGAGUCCGUGCUGGCAAUCACGCGAGCUGGUGCUGUGGGAGUCCCUUUGGAUUCUCGUUCGCCCUCAUCAGAAUUGGCUAAGGUUUUGGAGCAUAGCGGCGCACGAGUGGUCAUCACAGAUGGCCGGCACUUGGCCACUGUGCGCGCUGCUGCUGGGGAAGGAAGCUUGAUUAUUCUAAACACCGAAAUUCCAAACCUGGAUGCUGUAGAGGGAGGGCAUCAGAUUGCGCGAUACCAAGAUUGGAUUGAAGACGAGGAGUGCUCGACCUUGGAUAUCAAGAUCGACGAUCUCGGAGAGGAUGAGCAAGCCUUUCUACACUACACUUCUGGUACAACAAGUUUGCCCAAGGGGGUACUGUCAAACCAGAGGAGUUGGCUAUUAAAUGUGAACAGCCUGGUGUCAGCGUUCGAGCUGACGCCCGAGGAUCGCUUCUUCUGGCCUCUUCCCCUGUUCCACUGCAUCGGCCACUUGUUGUGUAUCAUGGGUACCGUUGUCGUUGGUGCCAGCGCAUAUCUCCCUGACGCCGAUCAGACAUUGUUUGACAGCCUCAGAGACACGAACGCUCGAGAAACAACGCUCAUCGUGGGAGCGCCCACCACCUUCCACGAUCUCAUGGACGCCGCGAAGCGGUCAGAUCCGAUUUCGCCUUUGGAUUUGCCUAGACUGCGGGCAUGUAUGUAUGCGGGUUCCUCGGCAUCUGGAUCCCUAGGUGCCCAAGUCAAGGAGUUGCUCGGUGUCCCCCUCCUGAACAACUAUGGGUGUACCGAAGGUUGCGGUUCUAUCGCUGUGAGCAAAACGGGCCAUACCUAUCGCAACAACUCCAGUAUCACACUCCUGCCCCACUGGGAGAUCAAGCUAGUGGACCCAGAUGGGAACCCAGUCAAAGACGGCGAGCAAGGCGAGGUCUGCAUAGGCGGUCCCGGUCUGAUGCUCGAGUACUACAGAGAGUCGCGGACGCCGUUUACGCCGGACGGCUGGUAUCCUACCGGCGACAUCGCAAUCCGCUCGAGCUCGGCAGCCGGGGCUGAAUUGACCUUGGUGGGACGCAGGAAGGAGAUCAUUAUCCGAGGUGGUGAAAAUAUUCAUCCUCAUGAGUUGGAACAUGUCUUGCUUCGGCAUCCCGGCGUGGCUGAUGUCGUCGUGGCUGGAAUGCCGCAUAGACUGCUUGGGGAGACACCUGCUGCCUUCAUUGUCAAGACUGCCGCGGAGCAGGACUUCGACCUCCCAGCAUUGCUUGCUGCAUGUCGUCAAAUUUUACCGGAUUAUAAGAUACCCACCGCGUUUUACGAGAUUGAUGCCGUUCCUCGAACUGUCAUCGGUAAACCGAAACGGUUAACCAUGACUUCUUACACAAAAAGACCACUUAAUGCCCGGUCUAUGUUGCAUUCGAGAGACUCAAUCGAAGCACUGGUAGUGGAGGAGACGGUCAGAGCAUGCACUUUAGACGUUGGACCCGAGAGCGAGUCGAACACGGACUGGCUUCGUCGACACUUUGACCAGCCCUUUUCGUUUCUGGGCCUGAGCUCAAUGGCUGGUGUGGUUCUUCGAGACCGACUUGCCGGUCUCACGGGAUUGGCUGAUAUUCCCAAUACCCUCGUGUUUGACUAUUCUACUCCAGCAGCAGUGAGUACGUACCUUUAUAGCCGAUUGUUGGAGCCGAAAACGACACCUUUGCCCGGCUGUACAUCGACUACGACGGCGGAUAGUGAGGUGGAGCCAAUUGCUAUAAUAUCCAUGGCGUGCCGGUAUCCUGGAGGCAUCUCUUCCCCGGAGGAUCUGUGGCAGCUAGUUUCAGAUGAGAUUGACGCGACUACCGACUUUCCAGACGAUCGCGGCUGGGACAUCGAAGCAUUGUAUAGUACCAACCCCGACACCCCCAACACCUCCACGACGAAGCGCGGCGGUUUCCUGCCCGAUUUUGCCCACUUUGACGCUGGCUUGUUUGGCAUGGCGCCGCGUGAGGCUCUCGCCACUGAUCCCCAGCAGCGGCUGUUAUUGGAGACGACGUGGGAAUUGGCCGAGAGAGGGGGUAUUGCUCCGUUGUCGCUGCAAGGUAGCCAGACCGGCGUGUUCGUGGGGACUCUGUAUGAGGAUUAUGAAGAGAACGGCUUUGGGAACAACGGUGCUCUCGACGGUGCAGAGUUGGAGGCACAUCUUGGACUUGGUUCAUCCAGCAGUGUCGUCUCUGGGCGUGUGUCGUACUGCUUUGGCCUCCACGGUCCAUCCCUAGUCGUCUCAACAGGCUGUUCAUCCUCACUAGUAGCAAUCCACCUAGCAGCCCAAGCUCUCCGAAACAGAGAGUGCUCGCUCACCGUGGCGGGAGGCAUAACAACCAUGGCUACACCACGACCAUUCACCAUGUUCAGCAGAAGACGAGGCCUAUCGUCAGAUGGACGAUGCCGGGCAUACUCAAGUGAUGCAAGCGGUACUGGCUGGUCCGAGGGUGUAGGCCUGCUCCUCCUCGAGCGACUCUCAGACGCCAAACGCAACGGGCAUCAAAUCCUCGGGCUGAUCCGCGGAUCUGCCGUUAACUCUGACGGUAAAUCUAAUGGGUUGACGGCACCAAAUGGGCCGGCCCAGCAGAUGUGUAUCCAGAGCGCCCUGGCCCAGGCGGGGAUGUCGCUGGGAGACGUGGACGUGCUUGAAGGCCAUGGCACUGCGACGCCUUUGGGUGAUCCUAUUGAGGUUCAGGCUGUGAUUUCGGCUUACGGCAACGGCGAUAGGAAGAAUAUUGACAGCCCUCGCCGUUUGGAACCGCUGCUACUUGGUUCAAUCAAGUCUAACAUCGGUCACACGCAAGCCGCUGCUGCCGUCGCAGGAAUUAUCAAAAUGGUACAGGCUAUGCGCCAUGGCGUCGCCCCAGCAUCAUUGCAUAUUCGUGAACCGUCACCCCAAAUUGACUGGGAAGGGAGUGGUGUUGUACUCCUCAAUAAGGCUAGGCAGUGGCCGUCUGUUGAUCGACCAAGGCGGGCUGCGGUUUCUUCGUUUGGCAUUGGGGGUACGAAUAGCCACAUAAUUUUGGAGCAGCCUGGGCCAGGAGAAGUGGAAGAAUCAAAACCCAAAAACGUCCCCGCCGGCUUUCCGUGGCUCAUUUCCGGCGUUACCGAAGCUGCUUUGCGCGCACAGGCUCACUCACUGUUGGCAGCUUGCAGACAACCUGAUAGCAACACAUCUAGCUCCCUCUUCAACCAAGAUCCUGCCGACAUAGCGUUCUCACUUGCCACCGCCCGAUCAGCGCUCAAAUACAGAGCCACGGUGUCAUAUGCCCUGGGAGCGAACAUGCACAAUCAGAUCGAAACAGCACUCGAAAGCCUUGCUCAAGGCCAACCACACCCCGACGUCAUAGCGGCACACACGAACACCACCGGUAAUAAGCCCCGCCGGGUGUGCUUAUUCUCAGGCCAGGGCAGUCGGAUGCCAACGAUAGACACGCUCGCAGAGCUACGCGCUACCUUCCCCGUCUUCUCCACGGCGUUCCAGGCAGCGUGUGACGAAGUGGACAUGCACUUGGAGUGCCCACUCGUACAUGCUAUCACUGAUGGCAGCAUGCUAGACCGUACCGAUUUCGCACAAGCCACCCUUUUCGUCUUCGAGGUGGCCAUGUUCCGCCUCCUGGAGUCGUUUAAUAUCCGUCCGGACUUGGUUGCUGGACAUUCCCUGGGAGAGAUCGCCGCGGCGCAUGCUGCUGGGGCUUUGUCUCUUCGUGACGCUGCUACUAUCGUGACCACGCGGGCUAAACUUAUGGCAUCUCUACCCCCCAACGGUGGUAUGGUGAGCAUAUCGGCGACGGAGGAGGAAGUUGCCAGUGAGCUGUCACGAUUGGGCGGAAGUGCCACUAUUGCGGCGGUCAACUCACAAAACUCGGUGGUAGUAUCUAGCACACAAGAGGGGAUUCAGGCCGUCGCAGAGAGGUUCGCCAGCUUAGGACGAAGAGCUACCGUACUGCGAAACGUCAAGCACGGCUUUCACUCCCCACUAAUGAAAGACAUACUCCCUGGGCUUGAACGCGCACUGCCAUCGUCAAUGGAAGAAGAGAACCCCACAGCCAUACCGCUCGUUUCCACUGUCACAGGCAAGCGAGCCAACGCAGCGCAGCUCCACUCUUCAAAGCACUGGGUCCGUCAUGUCAGCGAGCCAGUUCGCUUCGCAGACGCUAUCAACGAGCUCAAGUCAAACGAACACGUCUCGGUGUUUGUGGAGAUCGGUCCGUCUGCAGUCCUAUCUCCCCAUGUUCCGGACGCUGUCGCCACACAUGGCACAGUUGACAAGCUUCUCAAAAUGCUGGGCCAACUGUGGGCUGGCGGUGUACCUGUCGACUGGCACGCUGUCUUUGCGAGUAGUGGCGCGCGAUUUGUCGAUCUGCCUGUCUAUGCUUUCCAGCGGCAGAGAUACUGGCUGCCCUAUACGCCAGUUUUGCCAGUGACAUCCAACGGAGCAGUUAUAGAGCAGCUUAGAGAGUAUGACACGGGUACCUGUGCUGGCUCGCGCUUGCGACAUGAGAUGCUCUUCAGCGCUAUUUCUAUCCCAGGAACAGGCACUAUCAUAUGUUCGGGCUACCUGUCCACGGCCCGACAGCCUUGGCUUCGUGACCACGUUAUUGGUGGACAGUCGCUCGUUCCAGCCUCGGCGUUUACUGAACUUGCUCUUCGAGCUGCUCAAGAAUGUGCAGAUUGUUCUGAGCCUUACUCUUUGAUCCUGAAUGAGAUGAUUGUCAUCGCGCCCCUGGUCUUGUCUUCGGGAGAGGACGGGGAACAAGGAGAACAAGGAGAACAAGGAGAAGUGGAGAUCCAAGUACUCAUAGGCGAGUCACAUCCUGAGAAUGAGGCCACCCAGACCCAAAGAACCGUCGAAGUGUACUCACGCCCCAGCGGCGUCGCAACACAGCAUGAGUGGACGCAGCACGCCACAGGUACAUUCCAGCUCACGUCGCAGCCCAACCCCAGCCAUGAAUCGUUUAUAAACGGCACAGACCCCACAAAGGCGGAAUCAGACAUGGACGUCUCCGAAGCAUACGCCCUCUUAGACGAUGCAGGUCUCUCAUAUGGACCGUCUUUCCAGCGCGUGCGUGCCAUUUGGCGUCUAAAUGACAAUGACAUACUACUGCAGAUUGACCCACCUCAGGAUCAGGUUCAGAUGUUGACUUUUGUCCUGCACCCUACUGUGCUAGAUGCUGCAUUGCAUUCGUCUACCCUUGCUUCCGCGGAGAAAAUCGCUGGCGGCGACAUUCGGUUGCCUUUCUCGCUCCGAGGGAUCCAGGUUUUCCAGGCGGUUGGCGCCUCUAGCCCAAUUCUAGCACGCAUCCAUCAUAUAGGCGAGGUCAGCUUCUCAUUGACAUUGACGGACAAGUCAUCGGGUGUGGUACUCGCGAAGAUUUCUGAGGUUCAGCUGCGCACCUGGCAACCUACCGUUGCUGGAGGUGACCUCUACCGCCUCGAAUGGAUUGAGUCUGCGUCUCAAACCACGACAUCUACGACGACGGACAAUAUUGUUCGGGUCGAAAGCUCCCACAAUGUUGACGCGACAGCAGUCAGCAAACCUGUGCACGAAGCUGUCGCCGAGGCGCUCCAUGUGGUACACGAGUGGAGGGCUGAGAAGACACAUGCUGCCGACGGUGUUCGCCUCGUCUUCGUGACCGAGAGGGCGACGUUCACCGGCGAAAAUUCCGAUAUUGAUGUUGUUACCGCCGCUGUAUGGGGUUUUGUACGAUCCGCGCAGGCAGAGUUCGGUGGGGGCCGGGUGGCGCUCAUCGACUUAGAUGGGUCAUCCGAGUCGGAAGAGGCUCUAUCGGCUGCGCUUGCUUCCAGAGAGGAAGUUGUUUCUGUGCAUGGUGGGAAGAUUGUGAUUCCCAGGUUGAGCAAACGGCCUUCAGUGACAGAGCCUCCUCAAGCGAUGUCACUCGAUGUCAGCGGGACUGUCUUGAUCACUGGCGGUACAGGCGGCCUGGGUGCCAUACUCAGUCGAGACAUGGUGCACACUCAUGAAGCCAAAAGUCUGCUCCUCGUUAGCCGGUCGGGUACUGAAGCGCCCGGAGCACGCGAGUUGCACGAUGAGCUACGAAGUGCAAAUGCAGCCGUACGUGUCGUCGCAUGCGACGUCAGUGACCGCGCCCAGCUCGCCGCACUGCUAGACAGCCACAAUCGCCAUCAAUACCCACCCAUCACCGCCGUCAUCCACUGUGCAGGCGUGGUCAGUGACGCAUUCCUGGGCUCCCAAACUCCAGAGCGAGUAUCUAGUGUUCUCCGCCCCAAGGUCGACGCCGCAUGGAACCUUCACGACCUCGUUCCCGACACGGUCCGCUCGUUCGUCCUCUUCUCGUCGUACGUCAGCGUUCUCGGAAACGAAGGUCAGGCGGCGUAUAGUGCAGGAAACGCUUUUCUCGACGCCUUGGCUCGCUUCCGUGUUGCACGGGGUCUGCCAGCUCUGUCGCUGGCUUGGGGCCCGUGGGCGAAUGAUGCCGGGAUGGCCGCUGGAAGCAAACUAGACGCGAUCCCCCCGCGCAUUGCCACUGCGCGGCCGUUCUCAGACCAGCAGGGUUUGGAUCUGUUUUAUAAGGCGCUGCAGAUGCAGACAAAGACCCCUCCAGAGCCGGUUCUUCUGCCGUUGUUGCUGCGCGGGCCGUUCCCGCUGGUGCAGUCUGCUGGUACGGCACACAAAACCAAGACGUCUGCCAAACGAGAGUCAGGAUCAAGCGCCGUCUGGCGCAGGAACCUUGCCGCAGCCUUAUCGGAGAACCGUCAUGACGCUCUGCUGGGCAUGGUGCGAGAUGAGAUUGCUGCGGUGCUGGGAUACCAGGGCCAGGAUCUGCUUCCGGAUCAGCGACUUGAUGACCUCGGCUUUGACUCCUUCACUUCAGUUAUGCUCACGAACAGAUUAAGGGUUUUGACUGGGCUCAGUCACCUCCCUGUUACGCUGGCGCUAGAUUUUGAUACUACUCAGGCGCUGGUAGACCACCUGUUACCUCGCAUUGAAGCAGAGCCAGAGCCUGAAGUCGACAUGGAUUCAGAUGCUUCCACGACGGCCGGGGACACAUCAGUUUCUCGUGACAGUGGCAAGGAAGACAAGCUGAGCCCGUCGUCUAGUGUGACUACUCUCGCUUUGGAGGAGAAAGACGAGCCCAACCCCGAGGUAUUCCGAGGGCUAGCCACGAUCCACAGGCGACUGUCUCAACUGGAACAGUACACCGCUGCUGCAGACUUACUAGCCUCAGCCGCACUCGCAAUGCCGACAUUCCCCAAAGCUGGGUUAAGCCUGUCAAGCUACACAGCAGAGCCCCAGCGCCUCGCGACCGGUCCGUCAGCCUCUUCCAACUCAGAGCUGCCCCUGCCGUUAGUCUUCAUCGCGCCUUUCUUCCCACGCAUCAAGAUCGAGGGAGUGGGUCUCAGCGUAUAUAGCAACCUGGCAUCUGCAAUGGACGGCACAAGGGACGUCUUCGAACUCCCCCACCCAGAAGCGCAGGCCGUCCCAGAUGACCUCGGCACACUAGCCGAUCUGCACGUCCACACCAUCCGCAAGCACUUCUCGGACCGCCCGGGAAUCAUCCUCGCUGGUUACUCCGCAGGGGGAACAGUCGCAUACGCAGUGGCGUCCAAACUGGCUAACGCUGAAGACCAGCAGCCCCGGCUAGCGGGCUUCGUCUUGGUGGACACGUAUCUCACGAUGACGGGUCGGGGCGAUCCCGACUGGCUGAACGCGCUCCCGGCGGAGGCCCUCGUUACGCGCCUACAGGUGCCCCCAAGCUUAGGGCACUCCAAAGGCAUGGGCAGCGACAGUCUCGUUGGAGACCUGGACGUGGCGCUGGCGAAGGUAGGUGGGUAUUUUAGAACGUUGCGAGACUGGGAUAUUGAACUUCAUCCCCUGCCUGAUGCGCUCUCGACGCUGUUCGUGCGUGCCGUGGAUCCGUCGGAUAAGAUGCCCAAGGAUUCCGACGUAUGGCGCCCUCGGUGGCCGCGGGCGAACCUGACUGUUGAUGUCCCUGGGAGUCACCUGGCUCUGCUGGACAAGCGGUAUGCUCCUGCUGUUGCCGGGGAGAUUCAACGGUGGGCAAGGGAGGACUUGAGUGCUUAGUGCGGGUUGAAGUUGAUCCUCAUGAGGUGGUCUCUUUU